AUGAACAGUGGCGGGGGAGAUGCCGUCUGGUACGGCCCACCGGAGAGUUGGCCGACUGAGCACUGCCGCGUGCUGUACGCCAUCAGCAGGUACGCGCAACAGGCUCGCAAUGUUCAAUCGAAGGAGACGUGGAUCCGCCAAGUGGCUCUGCUUGUGCUGCUCUAUGAGGGCAUCAAUGCUGGAAUCCUGCCUUUCGACUACUCGCCUAGUCUCAUGUGGCUCACGUACAAGAAACACACCGACCGCCGGUGGCUGCGGAUCUCUCAAGAGGCCAAGUCCGUGAUCGAUGAUCUCUGGGAAGCCAAGCUCGUGAAUGGAAUCAAACUUUCGUCGGUCGACUACCAGCCGGUUACUGCGUACCAAGCCUCGUUUCGUGGAUUAUCGAUCGUGGAGCAGAUGCCGGAGCAGCUAAAGCGGGAGACCAACGAGUUCCUUUACGCUCCUCCGCCACAAUUGCUCUACGUACGCUACGACGGCUCGGAUUUCCAUCUCGUGACGAGGGACCAGUCUUACACUCGAGUGAGCACCGUCACUGAGUGUGAGGACGUGUCAUACGUAUCGUCGCCUUACAUUCCGUCGUGCCUUCGCUCCAGCACCAGUUACCUCGUUGAUCCUACAAGUAACAAGCUGCGAGCGACUGAGUCUGCGCGCGGCUACAACAUGAUGACUAAAGAGGCAAAGCAGAGCAUCGUACUCUCACAGGUCCACGCGCUUGUUGGCGAGUGGCUGCCGUUUGGUGCCAACCAGAUAUCGGCUCUCAAUGAGCGUCUUGGAGCCAUGGAGCGGUGCCAAGGAGGCCUCUUCAGCUCUAAACUCGAUCUCCAGCCCACGGAGACGCACUUCGAAGUGACCCCGGGGCUCACGCAGGUCAAGAUUCUGGACUUCGACGCCAUUCGCUUUAUCAACUUUGAGGCUGAGAUCAACUUUCCGGAGAGUGACGGCGUUAUCCAAGUCGAGAACUUCGGAAUGCACUUGCACGUGAGUGGGGCGGUGCUGUACGGCGUCAAGAUUGAUGCCAUUAUGAACCACACAGAGCGUUCGAUCCCGCUGGACUUGCUGGCACGACUUCUAGUUGACGUUCACCAAGACAGUUCGGGUAUCAUCAAGGACUUGCUUUCGCGCUACCAGCUCAGUGUGCUGGACAUGCUCUUCAUGGGCAAAGCGGAUCAGCGGAACAAGUAUAAUCUCAUUACGGCUGCGGGGAUCGAACCCAAGUUGCCAGCCUGCAAGUACUUAGACAAGGGUGAGCGCGAGAAUGAGCUGAAGCAGGUCCUGGGCGAAAUCUACGCCUGCUACGACAUUACGCGGGAUGACGUGCUAUUCCUCGGACGUGACGGAUGUCUUCUCAGUGGUCCAGGAGCAGAGCGCUACGAAUCGUUGCUGACCACGUUCAUGGGACUUAACAGCCGCGAAAUCUUCAUCCGGAAUUUUUUUGUGCGCACCUUCGUGCUGAACGACAUGCUGACAAGCCUUCGCAAGUCCAUUCGCAACUACCGCAAGCUUGGUGAGCACACGCUGAAAACUGUGAAGAAGUCUCUGAGUGAUGCUGCACGGCACAUGAUCCUGCUUAUUGAGUGCCUGCAGUACCUUCUGGAGUCCGUGGAGGCUCUCGAGUUGCCUCCUGUACCCGUCGAUAUCGCCGGCUCGAAGAUUUACAAGUGCUUGCAACUACUGGAGCGCAAGAACAGCGUGAUCGUGCGAUGCAAAGAUUCCAUCAAGCUCAUUGAGCGCCUUCGAACUCAACUUGAUACGCUGAUCACCAAGUUUGAGGGCAUUUCGAGACUCCAGCUGACGUACGUCUCUCAAGGAUUCGACAUCAACAUCCGGCGGCUGACAGAGUCGCUUCGUGUUCGCGAUGAACUUGAACGCAAUCUGGAAAUCAUCCGCAUGAUCUUCGCCGGUAAUCUCUCUUUUGAAGUGAUCGAUCGACUAAGCGGCGGUACGUUCAACGUACCGAAUCCGACGUGGUUUAUAGACUGGAUCAAGAAGCCGAUCAUUGAUGCGCCGCUCGCCUUUCUGGUGAUCAACCUCGUUUGGUUCGCCAUUGUUUGGAUUGCGCUGCAGGCGUGGCUUGACCACCGCGUAUUUGAGAAUGGCGCGACGCUAGUGAUUCGAGCUCACACAGACAAGCGCAUCAACCUCACGCAAUUACGUCGGAUGCUCAAGAAGAGGAAUGUUCGGUUCGGUGCGUUCGAGUACGAGGCGAGUGGUCGACCGGAGAUGCAGAGCUACCGGUGGGAGGAGCCUGGCUUCCCGACCAAGGACUCGACAACGCACGUGCAGGUCGUGGUCGAUGAGAAGCAGAAGCUGCUACGAUCCAUCCGCCUUCAGAUCUCCUGUCCGCUGGACGAGUCGGUGCCGAUUCACUCGCGUCGGCGCAGCGUGCGCAAUAUGCUGCGGCAGAACUCAGGCACAAUUCGUCGGACGUCUCGUCGCCUGCAUCCCGCUCCGUCUUCAGUCACAGUGGUGGAGAACAACAUUCUCGAGCAGUUCUCGGUCAUUUUGCGGACAGAAGGGGUCUACCAGGAGCGCCACGUCCCGCUCGCGCGCCUCGGCAGCCAGAUCAAUUUAUUAGCGCUGGCCGGGGAUUUCGCUGAGCACAACUAUAACCAAGAUGUCAGUCGCACUCGGCGUCGACGAGGAGCUGUAGAUACAGCAGUGGUCUCCAAAGACGAUUGA